CUUGGGUUCUAAAACAUUAAUAAAAUAAACUCAAACCAACAAUACUCUUGUAUUCCCAUCAUUAAUAAAGGAAGAAAUCUGAAAGCUUUGAUAUUCUCACUGCCCCUGAUAGUUUCGAUAUUCAGCUGGUUUUUGCAUAACCAGGGAAAUGUUUCUUCGGAGAAAGCAUACACAGAAGGAUGAUUCUGAGCAACGAGAUGCAAAGGUCAUUGAACUCAGGACUGCAAUAGGACCCCUGUCUGGACGUUGUUCAUUGUUCUGUACCGAUGCAUGCCUCAUGAGAUAUUUAGAAGCUCGGAAUUGGAAUGUAGACAAGGCAAGGAAGAUGUUAGAAGAGACAUUAAAGUGGCGAUCGACUUAUAAGCCUGAAGAAAUCCGUUGGCACGAAGUGGCACAUGAAGGUGAGACCGGAAAAGUAUCCCGAGCGAGUUUCCAUGACCGUCAAGGAAGAACAGUGCUUAUAUUGAGGCCUGGAAUGCAGAACACUACAUCAGCGGAAAAUAAUAUUCGCCAUUUGGUCUAUCUCUUAGAAAAUGCUAUCAUAAAUCUCUCCGAAGGCCAAGAGCAAAUGUCAUGGUUGAUAGACUUCACAGGAUUUUCCUUGAACACCAGUGUUCCCAUCAGAACAGCCCGGGAUAUCAUAUACAUCCUUCAGAGCCACUAUCCAGAGAGGCUGGCAAUCGCUUUCUUGUAUAAUCCACCAAGGUUUUUUGAAGCCUUCUAUAAGGCUGUGAGGUAUUUUCUGGAUCCAAAAACAGCUCAGAAGGUGAAAUUUGUUUACCCUAAAAACAAAGGUAGUGUGGAGAUGAUGCAAUUAUAUUUUGAUAUUGAGAAUCUCCCCAACGAAUUUGGGGGAAACGCAACAUUGAAGUAUGACCACGAAGAGUUCUCACGAUUGAUGGCUCAAGAUGAUGUAAAAACUGCUAAAUUCUGGGGAAUUGAUGAGAAACCAUACCAAAUUGGCAAUGGACAUUCAGUAGCACCGGAGCCAGCGCCCAUUUCACAACAAGCGGGCUGAGACAACUUGCCUAUUUUCUAUAACUGGUAUGUCUCUAAGGUUAAGUGAUGUGCCUAUUUAAAUCAACAUCCACAUCCUUCUUUACAUGAUGAAUAAAAGUCAUUUCCUUUUUUACCCCCCUUCACUUCCUAACUAUUAAGACCAAAAAAAGGAGCAUGUUUUCUGCUGACAUAAAUGCUAGUAAAGGAUAUGGCUAUAUUCUGUAUGACACAUGUUUAUGCAUCUUCUCCUUCGGCGAUUUAGCUCACCCUGUGUUUGUGUAUUUCUUGUUAUAAAAGCAAAGAAAUGAAAAUUUAAAGGAAAA